GGAGAGCGACGACACCUGGACAAUGUCUUACCAAGGAUUUCCAAAGCGUCCCUGCACAGAGGAGCAGGACUUCUGCGCCAUUAAAAAAGCAGCUGCCGAGCUGUUCAGGGUGAACAGAGUUCCUCAGGAGGUGGAGAGAGCUCUGAACGAGCUCUUCUUCCACAAGCCCGGGGACGUUUACGGUUACUUGGCAAAUUACUUUACAACCCUCUCUGCACCUCCACCGAUCAGCAGAUUGAACGGAAGGGAGAUUUAUGAUUCAGGAGGAAAACUUUCCGUCGAGACAGAGGUCUUCUGCAUCGUGUGCAACAAGGAAAAGAGCAUGUCCUCAGCUGCCAUAUCCAGCCAGUGUGGGUCUAAGGAGAUUUCACUGGACUGGAAAGUUCAGAGUCAGGAGAGGGCUGACCAUGUGAAGACUGCUGUCCAGUGGAUCAGUGACCCUCUGAACAACAUGCUAAAAGCCCAAAACCCCUGUGACCAAUCAGAAGUGGACCAGAUACUCAGCAAUUUCUUCAUGGCCCGCUACCUGGAGGAGAAGGACAUCCAGAACAAAAAGGAGGAGGAGAGUUGUUUAUCCAGCAAGUCUGAGGCAGUGCUUCCUUCUCCACCAUCUGCAAAGACUAAAGACAAGAAGAGUGUUGAUAAAGGCAGAAAGAGCAACACUGCAGAGAAGUCAUUACCCCCAGCAGAGCCACCAGAGCCACUUCUGCGCGGCAGCUUGGCCAUUGGCUCAGUGUCUCUGGCGGUGGCCAAAACUGGAGCACAAAUACAGGAUGUCCCACUCUACAAAUACAUUGCAGCUCUCAAGAACAAAGAGGCUCCAACACAGUUUCACAUCCCUGUCUCCUUGGUAACUUUGCUGAGCUGUGGGAAGAAUUCUCCUGGAAACUUAAGUUUACUGGAAGAAAUCAUCCUGAUCCCCAAAACAGGACAACGAAUCAGACAAAUCAUCACAAUGACCCUUGAAUUACAGAAGGAGAUGAUGAGAAUAAUAAACACUUCAACAAAAACUGGGGCCACCCAAGCAAUUCUGUGUAACAGCGGAGCGCCAUCUGUGAGCUAUGAGCGACCCGAGCAGCCUCUGGAUCUGAUCACAGAAGUCUGCACUAACAUUGGACUUGCACUUGGAACAGAGAUCCAUUUAGCACUAAACUGUGCUGCCUCUGAGCUAAUGGACUAUUCUAAAGGAAAGUAUGAAGUUGCAACAGGAGUUUUGAAGACUCCUGAUGAAUUAGUGGAUUUGUACCAAACGCUUAUCACCAAAUACCCAGCAGUGGUUGCCCUAAUCGAUCCAUUCAGGAGAGAGGACAAAGAGCAGUGGGAGAAGCUGAGCAAUGCGAUUGGACAUUCAUGUUUGCUGCUCUCUGACAUCACCUACAAGUCAAAGGUCCCACCCCUUCCGGGAGUCAGAGGUCACAUCCUAAAACACACCUGUGAGACAACAGUCAGUGAUUUGAUCCACCUGGCAUCAGAGCACCAAGGUUCAGUAAUACUGGGAACAACCUGCAGUGAGCCCUGCAGUGAAGACUCUCUAUCAGACAUAGCUGUGGGUCUGGGCCUGGACUAUGUCAAACUGGGAGGUCUGAGCGGUGCUGAGAGGAUGACUAAAUACAACCGGCUAAUUUCUAUAGAAGAAGAACUGGCCGAACAGGGAAUCCUGGUCUCCAAGGAGAAGCAGCCGCCUCCACUGUUUACUGAAAAACCACAGGAGCAGUCCACCACUGUAGAGAGUCCUCUGUCUGACACGGCUGCCUCACAGCUCGCUGCUUCUGCCUCCACCAAGAAAAUAUGACAAGUCUUUAAAUGUGUGUCAGUGCUCCCACAUUAGAUUUAACUUUCAGAAUUCACUUCUGCUGUUCUCACUUACUCACAGGUCAGGAUUUUACCUGCUGAGCUGAUUCCAAACCAGCUGCAUUAAACUGAUGUUACCAUUGUAUUUUUGAUCUAGACUGUGGUAAAAUGUUAAUAAAAACGAUGAAGAGAGAGGCCGAGUGGGUAAACAUGACCUUCAGUUAAACUGUUUCUAAAACCUUCUAAAUACUCCAAAAUGCCCAUAUGCACAGCACUGCAGACACCACAGCUGAUAGCUGAAUACUUCUGUUUGAGGUUAUCAAUAGUGGAUAUGUGUGAAGCCAGAUGUGGCCCAUGUCCCACUGGGCCAUUUCAGUACAUCAUAUGCACACAAAGGGCACAGAGACAGUACCUGUUGUUCAAAAUGAGGACAUCAAACGGUUUUAUACCAUGAAGCCUAAAACAAUGGUUCUGUUCUGUAACAGACCAGCAUAGACCAGAGCAGAGUGAAAACUAAGGGGGGAGCUCAGUAAAAUCAGUCUGACAAAAACCUGAAUCCAGAGAGUCCAAGAAAAAACAGAGACCUCAACAGACAGAAAGUAAAGCAAGAACAGGAGGAGUUCAGCUCAUUACAAUACAUUAACAGUAUUCAAAUGAAACAUUUUGACUUGAGGUGGAAACUUUAUUUUACUGAUCUGCUACUACCCCUCCAGGACUGCACAUUAUAGUCACAGCCACUGACCACACACUGUCCAGCCUCAUGCUGCAGGAUGUGUCCACCUUAUCUUGUUAACAUUUAAUUUACUUACUUAGUACUGACAUGUGGGACAACAUCAAAAAGUCUGAACCAGCAUCCAGAUCAGUAAUUCCCAACAUUUUCCACUCACCAGCCCUAAAAAGUGUUUAC